AGUAGACAGAUACAGCAUACAGAGAGGGAGGGCGUCCAAUAGACAAACAGCAUGGCUGCACGAUAGCAGGGAGAUAACUUGGCCGCUCAGCGAACGGCUCAGUUCAUAACAUCCUCAUCACUGACUGACCAUGUUGGUCUGCUUCCAAUCACGACAAGGCAACACAGCGAAAACGAUUCUCCAAGGUGCCUAAGGGUUGCUGGUUAAAUUAAGGACGGACAGACUGGAACCGGAGGGGUCCGCUAGCUGGCAUUAGCCGUGGUAAGGCUACACCAUCAUCUCCACACAAUUCGUCUCCUCUCUUCACACCUCCCAGAGACAGCCCGAGGAUGGAUUGAAACAUGAGGUGUCGAUCUCGCACAUCAUCUACUGCUCGCUGAGCUAUUCUGUGCGACUGAACUGGGUGUCAGAGAAGAAGAUGCCUCCCAGACCGUCCUCGGGGGAAUUAUGGGGCAUCCACUUGAUGCCUCCCAGGAUUCUGGUGGAUUGCCUGUUGCCCAAUGGGAUGAUUCUGACCCUAGAGUGCCUCCGUGAGGCCACGCUCAUUACCAUCAAACACGAGCUGUUUAAAGAAGCCAGAAAGUACCCCCUGCACCAUCUUUUGCAGGAAGAGACCUCCUAUAUCUUUGUCAGUGUUACUCAGGAAGCUGAGCGGGAGGAGUUCUUUGACGAGACUCGAAGACUGUGUGAUCUCAGACUAUUUCAGCCCUUCCUUAAAGUCAUUGAACCAGUUGGUAACAGAGAGGAAAAGAUCCUGAACAGAGAGAUUGGUUUUGCCAUCGGCAUGCCGGUGUGUGAGUUUGACCUGGUGAAGGACCCUGAAGUUCAAGACUUUAGGAGAAACAUUCUGAAUGUGUGUAAAGACUCUGUGGAGCUGAGAGAUGCCACCGGGCCUCACAGCCGAGCGCUGUAUGUUUAUCCACCCAAUGUAGAAUCCACGCAGGAACUCCCAAAACACAUUUACAGCAAACUGGACAAAGGUCAAAUUAUUGUUGUAAUUUGGGUGAUUGUGUCUCCAAAUAAUGACAAACAAAAGUAUACAUUGAAGAUCAACCAUGACUGUGUGCCUGAGCAGGUGAUUGCAGAGGCCAUUCGUAAGAAGACACGAAGUAUGCUGCUCUCCCCCGAACAACUAAAGAUGUGUGUUCAGGAAUAUCAGGGUAAAUACAUCCUCAAAGUUUGUGGCUGUGAUGAGUACCUGCUGGAAAAGUACCCCAUCAGCCAGUAUAAGUACAUCCGUAGUUGUAUCAUGCUGAGCAGGAUGCCUAACCUGAUGCUGAUGGCUAAGGACAGCCUCUACACCCAGUUGCCUACCGAUAACUUUGUCAUGCCGUCAUACUCACGUCGCAUCUCCACAGCAACAUCCUAUAUGAAUGGCGAGGCAGCUGCCAAGUCACUGUGGACCAUCAAUGGAACGCUCAGAAUACGGAUCCUCUGCGCUACCUAUGUUAACGUCAAUAUAAGGGACAUAGACAAGAUUUAUGUGAGAACAGGCAUUUACCAUGGAGGUGAACAGAUGUGUGACAAUGUGAACACUCAAAGAGUCCCCUGCUCCAACCCCAGAUGGAACGAGUGGCUGACAUAUGACAUGUACAUCCCAGAUAUCCCCCGCGCUGCCAGACUUUGCCUCUCCAUUUGCUCCGUCAAAGGCAGGAAGGGAGCCAAAGAGGAGCACUGUCCUUUGGCCUGGGGCAACGUCAACUUGUUUGACUACACUCACACUCUAGUGGCAAACAAGAUGGCACUGAACCUCUGGCCUGUUCCUCAUGGCCUGGAAGAUCUCCUCAACCCCAUUGGAGUCACAGGCUCUAACCCCAAUAAGGAAACGCCAUGUCUGGAGCUGGAAUUCGAUCACUUCAGUAGUCCGGUCAAAUACCCAGAUAUGAAUGCUGUUGAGGAUCAUGCUAACUGGACAAUCUCAAGGGAGCUGGGGUUUAACUACAACUUCUCUGGUCAGAGCAAUCGUGUGGCAAGAGAUCACGCCCUGACCGACAGUGACACAGAUCAAUUGAGACAGCUCAGUAACAGAGACCCUCUCUCAGAAAUCACUGAACAGGAGAAAGACUUCCUCUGGAGACAUAGGCAUUAUUGCAUGAAUAUCCCAGAGAUCCUUCCCAAGAUCCUCCUUGCUGUCAAAUGGAACUCCAGAGAUGAAGUAGCACAGAUGUACUGCCUAUUGAAGGAGUGGCCGUCCAUUCGUCCAGAGCAGGCCAUGGAACUGCUGGACUGCAACUACCCGGAUCCCAUGGUCAGACACUUUGCUGUACGCUGCCUUGAUAAAUACCUGACUGACGACAAAUUGUCUCAGUACCUCAUCCAGCUUGUACAGGUGUUGAAAUAUGAGCAGUACCUUGACAAUCCUCUGGCCCGUUUCCUCCUUAAAAAGGCUUUAACUAAUCAAAGAAUAGGACAUUUUUUCUUUUGGCAUCUUAAGGCUGAAAUGCACAACAAAACAGUGAGCCAAAGGUUUGGUCUGCUGUUAGAAGCUUACUGCAGGGCUUGUGGCAUGUAUCUCAAACACCUAAGCAGACAAGUGGAGGCCAUGGAGAAGCUCAUCAACCUCACUGACAUUCUUAAACAGGAAAAGAAGGAUGAGACACAAAAGGUCCAGAUGCGCUUCCUGGUGGACCAGAUGAAAAGACCUGACUACAUGGAUGCACUACAGAAUUUCACUUCUCCUCUUAACCCUGCCCACCAACUGGGCAAUCUGAGGUUAGAUGAAUGCAGGAUUAUGUCAUCUGCAAAAAGACCAUUGUGGCUCAACUGGGAAAAUCCGGACAUCAUGUCUGAGCUACUCUUUCAGAACAAUGAGAUUAUCUUCAAAAACGGAGAUGACCUGCGACAGGAUAUGCUGACUCUACAGAUUAUCAAAAUCAUGGAGAACAUUUGGCAGAAUCAGGGACUUGACCUACGCAUGCUACCAUACGGCUGUCUGUCGUUAGGAGACUGUGUGGGGCUCAUUGAGGUGGUUCGUAGCUCACACACCAUCAUGCAGAUUCAAUGUAAAGGUGGCUUGAAAGGGGCUUUGCAGUUUAAUUCAAACACUCUGCAUCAGUGGCUCAGAGAUAAGAACAAGGGCGAGAUGUAUGAUAUGGCUGUGGACCUUUUUACAAGGUCCUGUGCUGGCUACUGUGUAGCUACAUUUAUUCUUGGGAUCGGAGAUAGGCACAACAGCAAUAUUAUGGUCAAAGAUGAUGGACAGUUGUUCCAUAUAGACUUUGGACAUUUCCUGGAUCACAAGAAGAAGAAAUUUGGCUAUAAGAGAGAGCGAGUGCCCUUUGUAUUGACACAAGACUUCCUCAUUGUCAUCAGUAAGGGCUCUCAGGAGUGUGCCAAAACCAAAGAGUUUGAAAGGUUCCAGGAAAUGUGUUAUAAAGCCUAUCUGGCCAUCCGGCAGCAUGCUAACCUGUUCAUCAACCUGUUCUCCAUGAUGCUGGGUUCCGGCAUGCCUGAGUUGCAGUCAUUUGAUGACAUUGCCUACAUUAGGAAGACGCUGGCCCUGGAAAAAACAGAACAGGAGGCCUUGGACUAUUUUAUGAAACAAAUGAAUGACGCUCACCAUGGUGGGUGGACCACCAAGAUGGACUGGAUUUUCCACACUAUUAGACAACACGCACUAAACUGAGCCGACCACCAACAAAUUCCAGUCGCCUCGAUGUGGUCGUCGCGUGCAGGUUUGAUGCGUCGCUGAAUUUUCAGUCAUCCCACAAGGGCAGAAGAUGCUCAUGAACACAGGAAUUUUGCAGUUAAUUGUGAUUAUUUGUAUUUAUUUAUUUUAAAACACCACUUUUCUCAGUUUUGGCAGCAUACCGUAAUCUAUUUUCACCUGCUUUUGUGGUCUCAAUGAAGCCUUUUUACUAUUUGGAGCCACAUAUCCUUGAAGCACCUUCACGGAGGCUGACAGAAUGCAUUCUUUGUUUUUGUUGAUAGCACUGGAAUAUGGAAAAUGGACAUUGCUCCUUCCACUUGAGAAGACACUUGUAUGUGUCCAGCUACAAAUGUAGCCACUUGUGUGUCUUGCUACUGCAUUAGUGCUGCUCACGUGUCCACUUAGAAAGGGGGAGGCUUGCCUGGGAAACUUUCUUUUUUGUUUCCAAGGAGCAGGAGGACACGAAAAAUGAAGUAAAUCACACAAUCCUGUUUUACUUGACUGCAAUGGCUGCCACUGCACACGGUCUUUAGUUCUUCCGCCUUGUGUGUGGUGUAACCUCUGUGAGCUGAUACGGGCGCGCCUUACCACCUUAUUACCCCUCUGCACCUGCAGACCUUGUCUCCAACUUCCCAGUAUGCCCCCUCCAAGCCUCAAAGAGAAAGCACUGCGCCCUCGGGAGCAUUUGUUGGUGGUGCACCUUGACUACUUUUAAGCCAACUUCAGGGUGAUGUUGCCUCUCCAUCAAAAGCCACCAUUCUGAAUGACUAAAAGAUUUAUUAUAACUUUCUAAAGGUUUUAUGUAAUUGUUUUCAUUCAAUUGUUACUGCGGCAACCCCUACAUGCUGUUGUUUGUCGCUUCUUUCUAUUAGCAUGCACCAAGUGGAGUUUUCUAAAUGAUUUAUUUUUGUGAUGCAAAAUGAGCAGAGUGACGGCGCCAGUCUCCUCCUUCUGUGAGUUAACGUUCUGCUUGAGCUGAGACACAGGUGAAUGUCACGUCUUCCUGUUGAUAAAAAUGCCUUUGCGUCACAGCGUAGCACAUCGUUAUGUAUAAAGUAUGUUGCCAUGGAAACCAUAGCACUGGAAAAAGGAGAGUUAAUUUGCCUCUUUUAAUAAUGCAAUUAUCAUGUCUGCCAUGAGAAUGUUGAAUGUCGUAUGUGACCCUGUUAUUUUCAUAACUACCGCACCUGAACUGACGUGGUCUCUCCUCUAACACCUCUUUGAGACGACAUUCAGUGGUGGUCCGCUUUUAAGAUUCUAUGAGGGAUGCUGAAGACCCCCCCUGUUGUACCCUUUCAUUUGGAUGUGCGCAUGGUCGUCUCAUCAACUCAGUAGCCCUAUAACACUAAAACUAUCAGCUCAGCGGUUGAUUGUAUUGGGAAGCCGUUAUGGCUACAAAUGUGAUGGCUAGAAUGUAUUUAACUGCUGCCAUGGGCCUUAUAUGCACUCAUUAUUUACUGUAUAUCAUGUGCAUUUUUGUUCUGCCUUUUCAUGCCUCUCAAAGUGCAUCAUGCAGUCGAUCAAAUCAGUUCUAGAGUUGGCAAGAAAAAAAUGUGUGCGCUUCAAAGUUGUUGGUGGUAGAAAUUCGACUUUUUUUUUUUUUUUGCAUGUUUCUGAAGCAGCUGUGUAUGUAAAAUGGCAAGUAGCAGUAUGCACGUAGAAGGUCCACACCAACUUUUCUUUACGGCAAACAACGUUGUGUGUAUUAUCGAGCUGUAGUCUCUUGCAUGUGUUCUUAUGUCUGCGCCGGUUGCAGAACAUCAUUGGCAGGUCCCAGUGACAACCCACUCGUUGGUGUGUGCGUGCGUGUACAGUACCGUAUGUCCAUUUGUCUGGCUGUGACGACAUGCCAACUCACUGCACAUUUGUAAAAAUGUUUUGUAAACAUUUUUUUCUUAACUGCAGAUUUGGUUUUGCAUUGUUUGUAAGGACAAAAUCAUGGGGGAAAAAUCUUUACUGCUUUUGUAGUAUCGAUGAACAGUGGUGUGUCUUCUCGCCAUCACUCCCUUUGCUGGUGUUUGGGCUGUUUGUGUCAUUGUUGUGAAUGUCAAUUAGCAUCCACUCCAAAUUUCCAGUAUGUGUUGGCGAGUAGUUGAUACGUUUCAGUGAGUUUAAGCCUCAAAGCAGAGUAAUCUCGUUUAAAGACUCAAAUGAUUCACAAUGCUUGCAGGAGUGGGGAGUUGCAAAAUGACAAAAGUGUAAAUGUUUGUUUCUGCAUUUGUUGUACCGCAUGUUUUUCCUCAAAUUGUCAUCCACGUUUGCUGAUUUAAGCCCCACCAAAUGCACGGAGAAAUAAUGAUUGCAAAUACAAUCACAUGAGAGGAACUGACGAGUCCUACCCCAAGCAAACAACCCCCCAACAACAUGCAACCCAAUGCAAUACAAAUGUGAAAUGAACAAAUUGUCUUUAGGUGCUAAUGUUUUUCAUUGUUUUACUAUUUGGGCCCAAAUUUGUCAUCUUAUGUUAGCAUUUUUUCUUCUUCUUGGACCUACUGUAGUUGUGAAUGUCACGGUUUGUGCUCUCGAGCCUUUCAAUGGGCUUUAAACUGAAUUGAUUUUGACGGGUGUAGAAAUACAGAAACUCCAGUUUGGAUCAAAUUAUCGUUCAUGAUUAUCACUUGUUUUCAUCCUUCUCGAAUGACCUAAAGGAAAAUGGAUGCAGUGAUCUAAAUGUUGUCCUUUUUUUUAUGCAGUGUUGUUUACUGUACAUGACAUAAUGUCAUACAUUUCCAUAACAUGACGGAACCUUAGCCUAUACUAUGAAUGUGCAGUGGGCCAAUGUGUAGUUUGUCACAUCCUAUCUGCAUGAGAUUGUUUAAAGGUGAAGUGUCCACCUUGCAAAGCAGUCAUACAAUUAUUUGUAAAUGAAUGCCUUAAGUUACCCCCUGUUGGAACACUUGUUUAUCCUCUCAUUAACAUGUUUUAUUUAUCAUUAUAAUAUAUGGUUUUUCCUUAUUGGGUGUUUGGUCACAAAGUAAGUUUGCACCCUGACUGACUGACUGACUGAUCAGAGUUCUGUGAAGAAAUAAUGUACAAAUACAUUUGUUAAACAUU